AUGACACAACAGAAAAUGCAAAAAAAAGUGGGACUUUUUGUUACCCUGCCCAAUAUGGCGUCUGUUCGUGAGGUAACUGAGGACGAAAUUUCCGGAGAAGUAACAGCGGAUAGUGAUAUCGACAACAAUGAUAUGAUCCCUGAGAUCUUUGAUGAUGAGGACAAAACACAUUGUAGCCCAUUGCAGGUGAUAGAUGAAAGUGACAGUGAUAGUAACGAGGGCGGGAAAGCAAUUCCGAAAAAUCAGAGGACCAUCAUGAAGGGCAUCCCGAGUCUCUUGUGGCUUGCACUCAUCGGGUUCACCGAAUACGGCUAUGGAGAAAAACUCGCGUUUGAUUCAGUCACUGCCGUGAGGAGUCUCGGCCACUUGGUGAAUAUGAUUUCAGAUUUAACGUUAAAAUAUCACCAGCUCGCAAGUGACAUCACUCAACUGAGGCUCGACAAUGAAAACCUGAAGUUUGACAACGAAAACCUUAAGCUUGGCAUUAAAGACCUGAAGGCGCACGUGACAGCAAACGAUGAUGAGCUUGCCGAUGACAUCGCUCGAUUGAAGGCUGAAGAUGAAAUCCUUAGGAUUCAGUUGCAAAAGCAACUGCAAAAGAGCAAGAGCAGAGAUACAGAGAUGAAGGUUCAACAAAGCACCAUGGAAGAGAGACUGGAAUACCUAGAGGCAAUCACAUUGCAAAUCACACCCCGAACAUGUGGAACUCUUGGGGACCUUGGAGUGACCCGGACGGGCACCUACCUCGUGGACCCAGAUGGCGCUCUCAUCGGCGAUCCUCCCAUCCGUGUGUUCUGCGACAUGCAGACAGAUCCGGUAACCACUGUCAUUCUGCAUGAUUCGAUGGAGACUACGGAAAUUGAACACUGUGAUGAACCUGGCUGCUACAGUCGCAUCAUUAAGUACGAUGCAUCGCUGAGGCAGAUGGCGGCGCUGAUCGAUCAAUCGGAGUAUUGCGAGCAACAAAUUGCAUACGGCUGUUUUUCGUCGGCCCUUAACUCUCUGGACGUUCAGUACGCAUGGUGGGUGGACCGCCACGGCGACCCUCAGUACUACUGGGACGGAUCGCACGCAGGCGAGCACAUUUGCGACUGCGGCGUCUCCGACACGUGCGUCGAUCCGGAUCUGCCCUGCAACUGCGAUGCGGAGGCGCCUCAGUGGGAAUCCGAUGUGGGGGCGAUCGACAACGCGACGGCACUGCCCAUCGCGGAGGUGCGAUUCGGGGGACUGCGCUUCGACGGCCAGAGGGCGAAUCACACUCUGGGUGGAUUGGCUUGCAGGGGCGAGGCUCCGAUGCCGGACGAUCCGGCGGAGUCGUGUUCGUCUCUGCGAAAUUUAGGACACGUUCGUUCGGAAAUUCGAUUCUGGACGGCGAAACUCCGUCAAGAAAUUCGACGGAAAAGCAUAAUGGAAGAUCUUCAGCUUCGCGGCGUUCGACUAGGGAUUCCGGAGCGGAGAAAACUUUUCAGACGACUCGUGCAAGAAAGUGUAGCGAACCCCAGGGGGUCACAAGAUACGGGGCACGAACGCCUCGCUACAUAUGGGGAUCAGACCCGAUGUGGUCGGAUGAGAAGGAAGGAAGGAAGGAAGGGACUCGGGGACUCUUCCCCUCUGCUCAUCCAUGGAGGGGGACUCGGGGACUCUUCCCCUCUGCUCAUCCAUGGAGGAGGACUCCACAGAGCCGAGGAGGUGGAAGUGGCGGUGGAUGUCACUUGGUCGGGACAGCGAGGCGGAUGGGAAAGGAUUUCUCAUCUGAUGGAUGCGAUCGCGGUGAAACUAUGA